AUGAAAUUAAUUGCUAUUAUUCUAAUUAGCAUUUCUCUGAGGAUUUAUGUUGCUUUUGGUGGUUAUUCAGGAAUGAAUGAUCCACCAUAAUAUGGAGAUUUCGAAGCAUAAAGACAUUGGAUGGAGCUUACCACGCACUUAAAUGUUACUCAAUGGUAUGAGAAAAGUGAGUUUAAUGAUCCAAAGUGGUGGCCUUUAGAUUAUCCUCCUCUUUCUGGAUAUUUUGCAUAUGCAUUAGGAAAGGUUGCUGAGAUAUUUGAUCCGGAAAUAAUAGCUCCUUAUUCAUCAAGAGGUAUUGAAACUUUCAAUACAAAACUUUUUAUGAGAAUAAGCGUAUUUAUUUCAGAGAUAAUUUUUCUAUAUCCUCCUUUGAUAUAUUUUAUACUUAAACAAUAGUCAAAAUAAUAAUUGAUUGCAUUGUGUUGUCCAUUAUUGAUAUUAGUGGAUCAUGGACAUUUUUAAUAUAACUGCAUUAUGCUUGGAUUAACAUUGUAUGCAAUAAUAAAUUUGGAGAAAGGAAAAUUAGUAUUAGGUUCCAUAUUCUAUGUAAUGGCAUUACAUUUUAAAGUGAUGUCACUCUACUACUCCUUACCAUUUUUUAUUUAUAUCCUAUCAAAAACAUAUAAAGAACCAAAAAAGGUAGUUGUUGUUGGAAUCACUGUUAUUUUGACAACUCUGAUAAUUUGGUUGCCUUGGUUGUCUGAUUUAAAAUUGAUUUAAGAGGCAAUUGCUACAAUAUUCCCAAUUCAUAGAGGCUUAUAUUAACUUCAUGUUGCAACUUUUUGGUGCAUUAGUCAUGUAGUGAUUAAAUGGAAUUUAAUGUUUAACAAUCAACUGCUAUUCAGAUUAGCUGCAAUUCUAACAUUGUUAUUUUCUAUUCCUUCGCUAAUCAGAUUGUUUAAAUAACCAAACUUAUUCAGACAUACUCUAUUUAUAGUGUCUCAGACUUUCUUUUUGUUCUCUUUUCAUGUCCAUGAGAAAACUAUACUUCUGCCCAUCAUUUUACUAUUAAUAAGUUAGAAAGAUUAUGGAUAUUUAGUUUAUGAUUAUACAAUUAUUGCAACAAUCACUCAUCACCCAUUAAUGAUUGAAGAUAAAUUGUUUAUAGAAUACUGUGUUCUAUUAGUAUUAUUCUUUAUUUUUACAAGAAAUAAUUAACUACCCCAAUUUCAAGAUUCAUGGAUUUUAAGAUUGUAUUCCAAAAUAAGAAAUGUAAAAAAUUUGAUUUAAUUUUAGAUUCCUGUUUUGCUUUAUGUCAUCCUAUUUGUUUGUCAACAAUUAAUCAACCCUCCAUAGAGAUUCCCAUUUUUAUAUGAAUUAAGCAUGUAAGUGUUAGGUUUCAGUAUGUACACAUUUAUGUAUAUAAUUUCCCAUUAAUAAAUUAAGAGUGUCAAAAAUGAUUGA